UGCAUCUUCUCGACAUCAUGGGUCUCACAAGUGAUCCGAACUACAAGAAAUUGGAACAAUGGUACAGAUCCAACGCUGGCAACCUUAACAUGAGGCAGAUGUUUGAGGCCGAUAAGGAUCGAUUCAGCAAGUUCAGUACAACACUGAACACCGAUGAUGGAGACAUCUUGAUCGAUUACUCGAAGAAUCUCAUUAAUGAGGAAGUCAUGAAGAUGUUGAUUGCCAUGGCAAAGUCGAGGGGAGUGGAGGCCGCUCGGGAGAAGAUGUUCACUGGAGAGAAGAUCAACUUCACUGAGGGCCGCGCCGUUCUCCACACUGCUCUGCGGAACCGGUCCAACACCCCCAUCCAUGUUGGCGGGACAGACGUAAUGCCUGAGGUUAACAGGGUCCUGGAGAAGAUGAAGAACUUCUGCCACAAAGUACGCAGUGGAGAAUGGAAGGGCUUCACUGGACAGGCCAUCACGGAUGUUGUUAAUGUGGGCAUUGGGGGAUCUGACCUAGGCCCUCUGAUGGUUACUGAAGCUCUGAAGCCCUACUCCAAGGGAGGCCCCCGUGUCUGGUUCGUAUCCAACAUCGAUGGAACGCACAUGGCCAAGACCCUGGCUGACCUGAAUCCUGAGUCCACGCUUUUUAUCAUUGCUUCUAAGACAUUCACCACUCAAGAGACCAUCACCAAUGCAGAGACUGCCAAGGAGUGGCUCCUGCAGAAUUUUCAGGAUAAAUCUUCAGUGGCCAAGCACUUUGUGGCUCUCUCCACUAAUGCUCCAAAAGUGAAGGACUUUGGGAUUAACACCGACAACAUGUUUGAGUUCUGGGAUUGGGUUGGUGGUCGUUAUUCCCUGUGGUCUGCUAUUGGACUGUCCAUCGCAUUGCACAUUGGAUUUGACAACUUUGAGCAGCUGCUCAGUGGAGCCCACUGGAUGGAUAACCACUUCCGCCGCACUCCCCUGGAGGCCAAUGUGCCCGUGCUCCUGGCCAUUCUGGGAGUCUGGUACAUCAACUUCUUCCAGGCUGAGACCCACGCCAUGCUGCCCUAUGACCAGUACAUGCACCGCUUCGCUGCAUACUUCCAGCAGGGCGAUAUGGAAUCCAAUGGCAAAUACAUCACCAGCCAGGGCACACGCGUGAACUACCACACCGGCCCUAUUGUGUGGGGCGAACCCGGGACCAACGGCCAGCACGCCUUCUACCAGCUCAUUCAUCAAGGAACACGCAUGAUUCCUGCUGACUUCCUCAUCCCUGCUCAAACCCAGCACCCAAUCAGAGACAACCUGCACCAUAAGAUUCUGAUCGCCAACUUCCUGGCCCAGACUGAGGCCCUGAUGCGGGGAAAGACCCCCGAGGAGGCUCGCAAGGAGCUGGAGGCCAGCGGAAUGAGCGGGGAGCCUCUGGAGAAGCUGCUGCCGCACAAAGUAUUCGAAGGGAACAAACCAACCAAUUCCAUUGUGUUCAAGAAGUUGACCCCUUUCAUUCUUGGAGCGCUUGUUGCCAUGUAUGAGCACAAGAUCUUCGUGCAGGGCGUUAUGUGGGAGAUCAACAGUUACGACCAGUGGGGAGUGGAGCUGGGGAAGCAGCUGGCCAAGAAGAUCGAACCCGAGCUCCAGGAUGACAGCGAGGUGCAGACUCACGACUCCUCCACCAACGGGCUCAUCAGCUUCAUCAAGAAAAACUACGCUUGAGCUCCAGCGACCCCUCCCCACUGCCCCAUGGCAAUCACCAGUGCAAGGACCUGACAACAUAGCCACUUAGCUGUCUGAGAAGCUGAGCACUUUACGUGUGUAAUCAAUCUCCUGUUUGUGUAACUGAUGUCUAGUGAAUCGUGAGACUUUACUGUACUUGAUUAAGUGUGCUAAUGUUAAACCACACCUACCCCACUCUUUACCUAGUGAAGAAAUAAAUGUUUGCUUGUCACUUUA